CAGCCAUCAGCUUGUCGCAAAGCUGGCUCCCGUGAGAAUCGCUGUUCUCGCUGCGAUGCCGGCUUCCCCCUUGUUGACUCACGCACUUCGCCUCUCAUCGCACAGCCAAGGGCAGCAGCCGAGAUGAGUAACUACGGCGGGUCUCGUUUCGGCCAUAAGAUCCUCUCCGUGUUCGAUGUAUGGCAAGACAGCCGAGAUUUUCUCGCCGACGUCAUCGAGUCACUCGGGGCACCAACGGAAACCGAAUGUCUUCUCCGACAGAGCCUAGCGGCCGGGGCGGAGGACUACCUUAUCGAGUGCGCCGAGUCACUCCGACGGCGCCGGGGCACCGACGACCAAAGCCUAGACGGACAAGACGUGCUUACAUAUGUGUGGGAAAUCUUCAACGGCAUCGAUGCCUCCGCUUCUGUCGAUGAACCCUGGGAGCAAACAGAUCGACUCAUUGCUCAGGCAAAAGCCUUGGAACAAGAUGCAGAACUUCACCUCUCAUUGCUAUCCUCCGCUCCAGUCGCAGAGAGUAAUGUGGACUUUCCCACCCUGUCCCAGCCACCUACGAAGUCAAAGGGACGGGUAACGGCGUCCCAUUACUGGCUGGAUCAAUCUCAAGAACUAUGCCCGAGUCAAAGCCGGAAGCGGAGCAGCGCAACUCAAUUGCACUCGACGGCGCCUUCAUCCUCUAUCCCAUUUGCGUCACAAACCUGCGGCCGCCACAGAUUCUCAGUGUUGUCGGAGCGAGCGAGUGCCGCCACUCUUGAUGUCAAAGCCCAUGCAGAAGUGCGUCAUGGUCAGAACCACAGCCAAGGCGCCAUUAUAGAGACUUUGUGUCUUCCUGAUGCAGCAGGUAUUAGUGUGAAGCGGAUGAGCACCGUCUCCCCGUACUUUUCAUCAACGGCAACGGCAGAGAAGAAGAAGUCCCCAGCCAAAAAGAGACCGCCUGCAGGCACUGUCGCUACGGUCCCCUUUGCCCCCCUCACAUCGCCAAAGUUUGGCAUUAUUCAGGAGGAGUUUGCCGAGGAUCCAUUUUGGUUACUAAUUGCUGUCACAUUUCUCAUUAAAACAAACGGGAAGCUGGCAAUACCCAUGUUCUACAAGGUCAAGGAACGAUUUCCGUCCCCCGAACACGUGGCAGAUUCCGCCAACGCAGAAGAACUCAUUGACAUGAUCCGCCAUCUUGGACUAUCUGUGGUUCGCGUUGCCUUUAUGCAAAAGUAUGCGCGAGGGUUUCUAGAAGACCCACCAAGGGCUGAUGUGAGGUACAAGGUGAAAAACUACCACCGUCGAGAUGUUGAUCCGCUGUCAAACGCGCUGGGCAGUAGCUUGGCGGUUAAGCCAAGCCCAUCUGCUCUAGAGGGAGACGUGGAGGACCUUGAGGCGUGGGAGAUUGGCCACCUCACCAAGGGCAAAUACGCAAUCGACAGCUGGCGCAUCUUCUGCCGCGACAAGCUUCUCGGCCGUGCAGAGGACUGGAACGGCAAAGGCCGGGAGCCCGAGUUCCAACCCGAAUGGAUGAGGGUCAUGCCCGCCGACAAGGAGCUUCGCGCGUACCUGCGCUGGAUGUGGAUGCGCGAGGGCUGGGAGUGGGAUCCCGUCACCGGGGAGCGCACCGUGCUGCGGGAAGAGAUGUUGAGGGCCGUGGAUGAAGAGAGGGUCGAGUACGAUGACACAGGCGGGUUGAGGAUUUUGAGUGAUGGUGGCGCGUGCAAUGCAGGAUGACAGGAGAAUGCCGUGUCUAAGACGUCAAGAGCUCAGCAAAUCCUCCAGAGGCUUGACCGCCUACUGUAUGACCUUGCAGGACUAUAUGAGCUUUUCUAGAGACACAACAUGUUGUAGCAGAGAGGAAGCACUUAGAUCAUCUUUGAGUCCCUAUCCGGGUCCGUCCGUCUCAGCCUCCUCCCUCUCGUAUUCUGGCCUUGAUGGGACCAUAUCUAUCCUCCCCAAUUUCAAUCGGACCAGGAUGCCAUGCCCUGCUCUCUAAGACUACUACGUAGUAGGCUAUGCACCGCGUAUUUGGAAGCUUCCUAGUAUUGUCCAACACAUCCUAUAGUUUCCACGAUUUAUUUUGUUUUAUUUUACCACAACUGCAUGCACAGCCAGAGCCAGCCGCGCCACCCCUGUCGCAGUCAAUCGAAGAGGGGGUGGAGUAACCUACUUAAUUAAAUGCAUUGCCCUCGGGAAGCCGAGGCUACUGCCAAG